AUGGCGGCGGCGGGCGGCGCGGCGGGGCUGGCGGCGCUGCUGGGCAGCGCCUCCCCGCACCUCCUGAUCGUCUCCGCCGCCGCCGAGGAGCCCGCGGGCGGCGGCCACCCCGAUACCGACCUCCUGCUCUUCGCCACGCCGCAGCCCGCCCGCCCCGGCGCCGCGCCCAGACGGCCCGCGCUGGGCCGCCCGCCGGUGAAGAGGAAGCUGAACUUGGAGACGGAUCACCAGUACAUAGCAGAGAGUUUGCCAGUGAGCCGGGGCAAGACCAGGAACUCUGCUAAAGGGGCAAAGUCUCCUGGAGAGAAGUCCCGCUAUGAAACCUCCUUGAACCUCACCACCAAGCGCUUCCUGGAGCUGCUGAGCCAGUCCCCAGAUGGUGUGGUGGAUCUCAACUGGGCGGCCGAGGUCCUGAAGGUGCAGAAGAGACGCAUCUACGACAUCACCAAUGUCCUGGAGGGCAUACAGCUCAUCACCAAGAAGUCCAAGAACCACAUCCAGUGGCUGGGCAGCCAGGCCGCCGUGGGAGCGCCAGGUCGGCACCGGCUGCUGGAGAAGGAGCUGCGGGAGCUGCAGGCGGCCGAGCGGCAGCUGGAUGACCUCAUCCAGAUGUGCACGGUGCAGCUGCGCCUGCUCACCGAGGACCCCGCCAACCAGCAAGCAGCCUAUGUGACCUGCCAGGACCUCCGCAGCAUUGUGGACCCCGCGGAGCAAAUGGUGAUGGUUAUCAAAGCCCCUCCAGAGACCCAGCUGCAGGUCUCAGACCCAGCAGAGGCGUUCCAGGUCUCCGUGCGAAGCACUCAGGGCCCCAUCGAUGUGUUUCUCUGCCCCGAGGACAGCUCAGGGGUUUGCAGCCCCGUCAAGAGCCCCUUCAAAGCCCCUGCAGAGGACUCUUCUCCCAGCCAUUCCCAGCCCAGAGCCUCCCUGCUCCUGCAUCCCGCCCAGGAGGUGAACAUGCCGCUGCUCUCCGGAGAGCAAGAAGCACUGCUGCCAGGACCCAGCACGCUGCCCAGCAAGAGCCCGGAGGAGGAGGUGAACCUGUCUCCCCUGGCCUCCAUGGAUAUCCUGCUGGAGCAGCAGAGCAGGGAGGACUUGGAGGGUUUCUUGGCCGAUGAGUUCAUCAACCUGUCGCCGCCGCAGGUGCAGGACUAUCACUUUGGGCUGGAGGAGGGCGAGGGCAUCAGCGAGCUCUUUGACUGCAACUUUGGGGACUUCACCCCCUUGGACUUCUGAAGCUGUGCCCGCCCAGGUGCUUGGGGGAGCUGCCAGGGGAGGGGGCAGCCCGGGCAGGGCAGCUUCUCUGGCUCCAGGACCCGCUGUUCCUCCCCCAUCCCUUUUUGCAAUAUUUUCUCUUUAUCCCUCCAGCCCCCCCAGCCCGGAGGGGGCUAAUGGCAUCCCCAGCUCCAGCCCCACAAGGAGGAUGCCAGGGUGGGGUUCCCAUCUUAGGGACCCCCCCCACAAGGCCCUGAUCAGGGGGAACUGCCCAGGGCAGAGCCACUGCCCCCCAGGAGCCUGUUCCAGAGCUUUAAGCAGUCCUGUGUAUAGAUUAAGGAUUUGAUUAAUUUAUUAUUGUCCCCUGGGGACAGCGUUUCAUUUCCAUGGGGGUUUGGGGGGGGCUGUACAGCAGAGUGGGG